CCCGCAGCACACGUGCGGGGGCGGUGCCGCUGUCCCGAGCGGGCGGACAUGGCGGGGCGGCUGCGGAGGCUCGGCGGCGUUGCCUUUAGGCAGCAGAAAUGGAAAAGUUCUGUCUCGACACAAGCAAAAAUGCCUCCUUGCAAUUUUGUACCUGAAAAAUAUGAAUCCUAUCCGUAUGAGCGCAUACAGAAGAUCCGUGAACAAAAUAUUGCCCCUUCACUGCGAACGUAUUACAAGAAGCCAUUGCUGCUGCACCAGGGACAUAUGCAGUGGUUGUUCGAUCAUGAAGGACGAAGAUACCUUGAUCUCUUUGCUGGGAUUGUCACUGUCAGUGUUGGACACUGUCACCCGAAGGUAACUAUGGCUACCCAGAAGCAGCUGGCUCGCCUGUGGCAUACCACCAAUAUUUACAUGUACCCAGCAAUCCACGAGUAUGCUGAAAAGCUAACUUCUCUUUUUCCAGAUCCACUGAAGGUGGUUUAUUUCACCAACAGCGGGUCAGAAGCCAAUGAUUUAGCUAUGUUCAUGGCAAGACUACACACUCGCAACUUCGACAUCAUCUGUCUCAGAGGAGGAUACCAUGGAGGCAGCCCUUACACGCUGGGUUUGACAUCUCUGACUCCUUAUAAGCACGGUGUUGCCAAUGGCUUUGGCUGUACAACUACAAUGUUACCUGAUGUUUUUCGUGGUCCAUGGGGAGGCAGCCAUUGUAGAGAUUCUCCAGUGCAAACUGUUCGAAAAUGCAGCUGUACUGAAGGUGAAUGUCAUGCAAAAGACCAGUACAUUGAACAGUUCAAAGAUACUCUGAAUACCUCAGUGCCCAAGACAGUAGCUGGAUUUAUUGCCGAGCCAAUUCAAGGUGUUAAUGGAGCUGUUCAGUACCCAAGAAAUUUCUUAAAGGAAGCUUAUCAGCUUAUAAGGGAAAGAGGGGGCCUUUGCAUUUCAGAUGAAGUACAGACAGGAUUUGGACGGACAGGCAGCCAUUUCUGGGGAUUUCAAACACAUGGUGUAGUCCCUGACAUCGUUACUUUGGCAAAAGGAAUUGGUAAUGGCUUCCCAAUGGCAGCUGUCGUUACAACGAAAGAGAUUGCAAGUUCCUUGGCUCAAAACCUUCACUUUAACACAUUUGGAGGAAAUCCUUUGGCCUGUGUAGUUGGAGCUGCAGUUCUUGACGCUAUUGAAGAAGAUGGUCUACAAAAAAACAGUGAGGAUGUAGGAACAUACAUGCUACUGGAGCUGGCUAAACUACGAGAUCCAUUUGAGAUAGUUGGAGAUGUCCGUGGCAAGGGACUUAUGAUUGGAGUAGAAAUGGUGACAGAUAAGGACAGUCGGCGCCCUCUUCCAGCUGAAGAAAUCAAUCAGAUCUGGGAGGACUGUAAAGACAUGGGGGUUCUGAUUGGCAGAGGAGGGCUCUACAGUCAGACAUUCAGAAUUAAGCCUCCCAUGUGCAUUACUAAGAGAGAUGUCGACUUCGCUGUGGAAGUACUUCAUACUGCUUUACAGAGACACGUGGCAAGAGCAACUGCAAAAUAGGAUUGAUUUGUUUCCUUACAUGAGAGGCACACACAAUCCCUGAUACUUGUGACCCAGGCUGGGCAUUAAUCUACCCUGGAAAAUAAAAUCAUAGUGCGACGA